AUGGAAGAACAGAACAUAAGGUACCUACAAGAUUUUCUAUGUCAUAGUAAGUUAAACUUGGAGAUUUGUAUUAUAAUAACAAAGGACCACAAAGCACGUUUGCGUGGUUGUUACGAUGAAACCAUUGAGUUUUCCAGUGAUGAAUUUGUACGAAUCAUUCUAGUAGAUGCUGCCUUCAUCAUUGAGGUCUUAUUGAGGUGGAGUUUCCGCGAAUUGCUGGAUGAGAAUGACUGGACAUUUUACAGACCAGUUACAAUGGCAGUUUCAAAUUUAUUAGACAUGCAGAUGCUUGAAAAUCAACUGCCAUUCUUCAUUCUUAACCCAGACAAAGACAAACUCCCUAUGUGUGAUGAGAGUCUUUCAAUACUUGAUCUUUCUGUCAAGUUCUUCCAGGAUCCCAUGUUUCGAGAGGAAACUGACGAUUUAUUUGAAGUAGAACAUUUUGUUGGUUUAGUAAGAGCUUUAUGUAGACCGAAUUUUGAACUUUCAGCAGAACUCAAAACCAUCACCAUACCAAGCAUGACAGAGCUACAUCAAGCAGGAGUCACAUUUAUGGUAGGGUCAAGCAAAAAUUUAUUCGACAUACGAUUCACCAAUGGGAUUUUGGAAAUUCCAAAAUUGAAAAUAUCCCCGGCAAUAGAGUUUGUAAUUAGAAAUAUCCUUGCAUUUGAACAAUGCCAUAUGCAUUGUGAUGAAAAUUACAUAAAUGAUUAUGUUGUCAUCAUGGAUCGUUUUGUGAACACCCCAAAGGAUGUGGAGUUGCUUGUUGAGCAUGGAAUAGUUGAAAAUCUGCUAGGUGACAGCACCGGAGCUGAACAAGUAGUGCAGAACGCCCUGUCACAGAUGGAAGAUAAAGAUCACUUCUACUAUGCCACUCUUUGCGAGGACCCGAUCAAGAUUUGUAACCCUAUUUUCUUCUCCAUUUUUGUAUGA